AUGCUCAACUGCAAAUCAGUUGAAACUCCAAUGGAGCCAGGCUUGAAAUUUUGCAAGGACCGGACUGGAAAUCCAGUAAACAAGGAAACCUACCAAAGGUUGGUUGGUAAGUUGAUCUACCUUUCACUGACCAGGCCUGAUAUUGCAUACUCAGUUAGCAUUGUCAGCCAACAUAUGAGUGAUCCUCGAGAAGAACAUUUGGAACCUGUUAACAGAAUUCUAAGGUUCUUGCAGUUUACCCCAGGAGCUAGACUUGUAUUUAGAAAAAAUCAAGAUAGAACAGUGAAAGUUUAUACGGAUGCAAGCUGGGGAGGUGAAUUAACUGAUAGAAGACUGCUCAAAGAACUGAACUUAGAUGACAAGAAGAAUUUUGAGAUUUUUAGUGACAGUCAAUCAGCUAUGAGUAUAUCAAAAAACCCAGUGCGGCAUGAUAGAACGAAACACAUUGAGAUAGACAGACAUUUUAUUUAUGAGAAGUCUGUUUUCUACACUUGUACUUACGAGCUUCAUGCUAUUGGAGAAUAUGCUGAUGCGGUCAAGGAUUAUGAUGCAGCCCUAGAUGUUGAACUUGACUCGAUGGAGAAGUUUGUGCUUCAAUGUUUAGCCUUCUAUCAGAAAGAGAUUGCUUUAUACACCGCUUCCAAAGUCAAUAGUGAGUUUUCUUGGUUUGAUAUUGAAGGAGAUAUAGAUCCACUGUUCAAGGAGUAUUGGUGCAAAAGAUUGCACCCCAAGAAUGUAUGUGAAAAGGUUUUCAGACAGCCUCCAUUGCGCGAUUCUCUGAAGAAGGGAAAGCUUAAAAAGCAAGAUAUGGCUGUUACAAAGCACAAGACUACUCUUAUACUAACUGCUGACUCAAUUGGCAAGAAAAUUCAAUAUGACUGUCCUAGUUUCUUACCCAAUAGACGCCAGCAUCAAAUGGCGGGAUUAGCAGCCAUUGAAAUUGCGCAGAAGGUGUCAAAAUCAUGGCGUUCUUUGCAUGCAGAUUGGAAGAAUUCUAAUAGAAGCUUGAAAAGUGGUAAGAGGCACCGAAGAAAGGAAAGAAUCAGUUUAGUUAGCCAGAACAGAGGUGGUGUUGGUUGUAGUACAAGCGGUUCCUCUGAAACAUCUGCUUCAUAUGACAGUACUGAAGAUAGAUCAUCUAGCCGUCCUAUGAUAUGAUGGCAAGAUGUUUAUUCAUUAGCUGUCAAAUGGAGACAAAUUUCUGAGUCUUGUGAUCCAGUUAUGUGGGUUAACAAGUUGAGGUCUGCUAUAUUUUAAUCUUAUAACCUACAUUUACCAAGAUGCCUUAAACGUUCAAUGUUUACUUUUUGACAUUUCUUUAUUUUCUAUCUAUUAUGGA